AAUUUUUGAAUUUUUACACAAAUCAUAAUUUCAUUAAGAAUGCAACAAGAAAAAAUUCCAACAAUUAUUAUUGUCGGUGCAGGUCUAGGAGGACUUAACUCUAUCAUGCCUUAAUAAAGAACAAGGACAAAAAAGAAUUCAACGUAAAAAUCUUUGAACGUGCAACUAGUCCUACAUGUUAAAAACUUUAAAAUUAACUCACUCAUACUGUCACGUAUUAGAUCGAUGGCAAGGAUAUCAUAUAGGCUUGUCCAAUUAUGGAGCUCGAUCUCUUUUAAACUGUGUUCCAUCCUCAAUCGCUUCAAACCUUCCAAAAGCCAUACCAAAUCCCAUUCCUGGUGUAGAAACUCAUGGAAUAACUAUCACUGAUCAAAUAGGAAGUGUUCUACUUACCCCUCCAACUAAACCAUUUAAAGAUACUGAAGGAGGAGUUUGGGUAUUUUUUGAAGAUGGUUCACAAGAAUUUUGUAAUAUUUUAGUUGGCACAGAUGGAAUUAAUUCUCCAAGUAAUGCGGAUGUUUCCGUACCUCAACAUCUUAUGGACAAGGCAAAUAAAAUCCAUGGAAACUUUUUGGUCCGUAAAGCUCUUGGAACAAAAGGAGAUUCAACGCUUAUGCUGACACGCUUAAUACCAAUCAAACAAGAUGAGAAAAGUGAACCUCAUUAUAGAGUAACAUUAGUCUAUUCUUAUCUCUCCGAAUUGGAUAGCGUUGAUGUAAAUUUGCACAGCUUCAUAUAUAUUGAAUCCGAUAAAGUUAAAGUUGAUGAUAAUGAUCCUGCAUUAGUUAUCGAACAUGUUAAACGAUUAAUUCGAACAUUAAGACCAGAUUAUAUUGAUCCAAUGUCUAUCAAAUCAUGGACAAGUAGCCGAGUUGUGUUAUUAGGUGAUGCUGCUCAUGCUAUGAGUCCUAUAUUGGGAUUAGGAGCAAAUAAUGCUAUUCAAGAUGCUGAUAAACCUUCUCAAGCAUUACUUAAAUAUACGGACAGCAAUAUUUCUUUUAUGAAAAAGAAAUAUUAA